AUACAUCUGUAUAUAAAGUAGGAUAUUCCAAUUGUUGGUGCAUCUACGAGGCGAAAUCAUGGCGGUGUCAUUUUCACGAAGGAGAACAUGUCACUUCCUGCUACGAUAGCUUAACGCUAGGCCUACAUUUUAAAUUUAGAAACUAUUUUAAAAGUCUUUUUGGGGUAACGUUAACUUGUCCCCGACGUUCAGGAGGGUCUUGGAAGAUUACAAAUUCGUGUGUCAGCACGGUCAAAUGGUCCCGCUAUGAUGAUGAUGAUGAUGAUGAUGAUGAUGAUGAUGAUGAUGAUGAUCUACUACUGCAGUUGCAGUGUUAAGAAACUGUAGCCUACUGCUGCUGAGCACAUCAUCUUUAAACCCACAACAUGAGCUGCUGUCAUGGCAACCAUGUAUGACUGGCAGAAAACAGACUACAUUUUCUGAGCUCCAGUCAACCUGGACGCUGCAGAGUGUGAACACACUCUUAUGGGCAGAUGAAGCGUUGUGAUAUUGAGACACCAGGACAGCCGCAGAUUGACAGGACCAUGAUGGCACAUCUGGCAUAUCAACCCCUGCUUCCCACUGGAAACAAAUAUCUGCAGCAGAAAUGGGACAAGACUUCAUAUGAUUUACAUAGAGGAAAGGUGAAGUCAGCUAAACCAACAAUAAACACCUCUCCACCAAAGACCUAUGUUCACCUGGCUGUCAAGCUGAAGAAACAAAAGCUUGAAGAAGAAUGGACAAUGAAGAUUCAGAGGGAAAACAAUAUGCUUUUGGAGAAAAUAUCACACAUCAAGAGGACAACUGGAGGAAUUGACAGCAAGAAUUAUUAUGACAGAAAAAGCCUUGGCAAGGAGAAGCAACAGCUGGAGUUGCUCCGUAUUACCAAGGAGAAUCAAAUGAUCCUGUCCCGUCUGAGCCAGUGCAGGUCUCACUAUAAUCUGAGGAGCUGGAAUGAGGACUGGCUCAAAACCCUCAAGGUGAUGGACAGCAUUGCACGUUACCCACGAGGAAGGACAAAUAACAAAAGAGACAAGAAAACUCCAUUAAGAAGCACAAUGAUAGUGAUAAAGAAGAAAAGAUGAACGCUGAUGCUACCACACACGGCCCUGCAAGCAACAAGUACAGUGACAAAGCAGAGUCCGAAGAAAAUGAAAACAGUAAAGAAACUCGCCAGAAUGGAAGUACAGGAACAGAAAUACAGCAGGACUUGGCGACAUACCCUGAGCCAAAGGCACCUGAGGAAUCCAUCUCACCAGAUUUACUUAAGAAUCCUGGUUCUUCUGACAGCAGACAAACCCCAUCACACUGCUGAAACAUUUUCCUCUCCUGAUGGACAUGUCCAGCACUCCUCACACCUUACAGUAAACACCCGAGCAGGAGACCGCAAGUCCUACAGAGAGAUAAAACGCCUUGUUCUUUUGGCAAACCCGUUUAUCUGCACAUUAUAGUUUCACUAUAAGCUGUUUAAAAAAAAAAAAAAAAGUAUUAUCUACUGACAAAUGAAUAGAUACUGUAUGGUACUCUAAUAUAGAGCAGGAGAAGUAAUUUUCAUAGGCUGCGUACCAAGAUAAAUUCAUGGA